AUAUCAGGAUUGCUUUACACAUAAAAUACACACCAAAAUAUCCAGAAGAGACCCCAAUAAUAUCAAUUGAUACACUAGAGGGAGAAUUGAGUGAAGAAGAACAUGAUAAACUAUAUUCUGAAAUUUCUAUAGUGGCUGAUGAUUCAUUGGGAAUGGCAAUGGUGUUUACAUUAUCAACACUACUGAAAGAUUUGUUAACAACAAUGGAAAAUGCAAGAUUUAAAGGUACAAAAGUGACAUAUGAAGCAUUUUUAGAAUGGAAAAAACUUUUUGAUAAAAAAAUGGAAGAUAUAGAAAAAUCAAAGAAAGACCCAAUUUUAUUAAAAAAAGAAGAAUCAAAGAAAAAUAAAUUAACAGGAAGACAAUUAUUUGAACAAGAUAAAUCACUCGCAAAAUCAGAUUCAACGUUUAUAGAAGAUGAUGAUGUUACAGUAGAUGUAUCUUUAUUCAAAAAAGAAUCCAUUGUAGAAGGUGAAGAUGAAGAUGAAGAUGAAAUUAGUGUAAUUGAAUUA